AUGUUGCAGGACAUGGGGAAUAGCAAACCUAGAGAUCAAAAUGAAGGAGACUCGGCCACGCCAAGUGGGGAAGUUCAUCUACAAGUAAUUGAGCUUACGGAUGAAGAGACAUCGACGUCCUCGACGGAUUCGGAGGACCAGACCUUUGUAGGACAAGCAACUACCAGCACGAAAUCGUCCGUCGAAAAGCUCCCGGAAUCAAAGCCGACAGCCCCACAGCCACAGGCGAAGGUUCUGUUUCUCGAUGGCCUCCGUGGACUCGCAGCCAUGCUGGUGGUUGUACAACACUCGCAUGAGUUCGUCCCGUCGCUUCAUCUCGGAUCUGCCGCUGUCGACGUGUUCUUCAUUCUGUCGUCAUUCCUAUUAACUUGGUUGUUUAUGAAGAAAAGUAUGAAGCUACUCGCGCAAGGUGCUAGUGUUCGUACGUGGGUAUUCGGACUGCUUGACUACUUCCAGAAGCGGUUUUUCCGAGUCUACCCACUGUUCGCAGUGACUGCGGUCGUGCUUCAUUUUCUAUCAUUUGAGAACCAGCAUCGCUACUUUAUUGUGAGGAAACCCAACCAGGUCCCACUGUACGAGACGCUGACGUUCGAAUACGAACAUCGUUAUCACGUGUUCUGGACGUUACCGCUGGAGAUUGAGUACUACUUUAUUAUCCCCGUAUUCGUACUGGUAGUACUACGUCUGCGUCGUUACUGGUGGGUUGGAGCAGUUCCACUAUUCGUAUGGAUUGUACACGAAGGUUGGACGCUGGUUCGCAACAGCCACACGCCACUUAGCCUCCAUCUCCACACGUUCAUGCUUGGGUCACUGGCAGCCGUGGUAUUUGUGAAGAUCGAUUUGUGGAUUAGGAAGACGGAGUUCAAGUUCCGCUUGUGGCACACGGUGCUACUUCGAGCAGUAGAGUUUCUCCUCAUUGCUCUGAUGUUGAGUGUGCUCUUCCGUGGCCUUCUGUUCGACUGGGUCAUGGCAAACCCGGCGCCUCCACCUGAAGGAUUCCCGUUUAUCAGUGUCUAUGUGGCGUCGAUUAUUGUGAUCGAGAUUCUUCAGCCGUCGUUUGUGUCUGCAAUGUUGGAGUGGAGUGUGUUACGGUUCUGGGGCAAGAUCAGCUUCUCUAUCUAUCUGCUGCAUACUUUUGUGAUAAAAUACCCUGCGAUCAGCCACCAGCCCAACUAUUUCAACCGCUUCUUCGCUCGGUUGUUCUUGGUGAUUGCAUUGGCAACCGCGUCAUAUUAUGCUAUCGAGUAUCCGUCCCAGUUAAUGGCGCAGAGAAUCUCUCGCUUUCUUGCAGCUCAAGAGAAGAAAGGUUCGGGUAGCUUGGGGAAGUUCGCAUGUAUGGAGAAAAUCAACAGGAGAAUGCAAAGUACUACCGUAGAGGCGAAGUAG